CGUCAUUGAUUCGCGGGGAUACCGACGCGCCUAGCUGCCGUCGCCCCCUCAGCGAUUGCGAACAUAAUCCAGAGGGGCCGUACGCGCUGCUGCCUGAACAAGAGCACCGCUGCCUCCCUAGGGACGGCGUGGGACUCUCCUCGAUCUUUGCUUCGAGUACGCCAGGAGAGCCCUAGCGGUGCUAGCCAACGCGCCAACUGCUCGCCGGCGGGGUCCCCGUGACCCGGGGAGCCGCAGCGUAACGAGCCAGCGCGCCAGUUGCCCGCCAGCGUGUCUCUCGCGCGACCCGCAGCGCGCGGGCCGCGCCAGUUGCCCGCCAGAGUGUCCUACGCGCGAGCCGCAGCGCGCGAGUGGCGAUGGAACGACCAAGCUCCGGUCUACGACGCGGCAAGUGGACCCAGGAGGAGGAAGCCUACGUGGAACGCGUCAUCCGCGAUUUCAACGGCGGCCUGCUGGACGCGGCGCCGGGCACGACGCUGCGGAGCUACUUGAGUGACAAAUUGAACUGCGACCCGAUGCGCAUCACGAAAAAGUUCACGGGCGACGCGUCCAUCGGCAAGCGCGUCUUUCACCCGCGCGAGAACGCGAGCCCAGCGGCCGUCGAGCGGUCGAGACGAGAAAUCGCGGAGCUCGAGGCAAUAUGGCGGCGUAAAUUAGAACAGCAGCGGCGCGAGGCCGAGGCCGCCGAUCGCAAGCGACGAGCGGCCGACGAGCCCCUGACCGUGUCCACGGGAUCGACGCGGCGGAUCAGAGCGUGGCUUGCGAGGGCUAAGGUGGCGCUCGAGGCCGCCACGACUCCGGCGGCCAUCGACGCCGUCCUCGCGGACGGCGACCGCUUGCGCGCCGACGUCGCCGCCGAGGGACGAGCAGCGGGCGCCGCGCGGCGGCGGCGGCGGCGUACCGAGGAAACGUACGCGUCCUCGGACGAGGAGGCGUCGCAGCUGCUCGUCGCCUUUCUCGAGUCGGCGCGGAACCGCCGCGUCCCCUCGAUCGCCGAGGACGACGGCGGCUGGGGCGACGCGUCGGGGUCGGACGCCGACGCCAGUUGAUCAACUCUCUCGGGCCCG